CGCUGCUUCGCCGGGCGGGAUUUCCGCAAUAAUAUCAAGUAUGGCGAAGACAUACGACUAUUUGUUUAAAUUACUGUUAAUCGGCGACUCUGGUGUCGGGAAGACCUGUGUCCUGUUCAGGUUUUCAGAGGACGCCUUCAACUCAACGUUUAUCUCAACUAUUGGCAUUGAUUUCAAGAUUAGGACAAUAGAGCUUGACGGCAAGAAGAUAAAGUUACAGAUAUGGGAUACAGCUGGCCAGGAGCGCUUCCGAACAAUCACAACAGCUUACUACAGGGGAGCAAUGGGCAUCAUGCUUGUCUACGACAUCACCAACGAGAAGUCUUUUGAUAAUAUCAAGAACUGGAUAAGGAACAUAGAGGAGCAUGCAUCAUCUGAUGUUGAGAAGAUGGUCCUUGGCAACAAGUGUGACAUCAACGACAAGCGGCAGGUGUCCAAAGACAGAGGGGAGAAGCUUGCAUUAGAGUAUGGAAUCAAGUUCAUGGAGACCAGUGCCAAGGCCAACAUCAAUGUGGAAAAUGCAUUUUUGACACUCGCCAGAGACAUCAAAUCAAAAAUGGACACAAAAUUGGAGGGCAACACGCCGCAGGGGAGCAGUCAUGGAGUCAAGAUCUCAGAGCCUCAGAAAAAGACCAGCUUCUUCCGCUGUGGCUUACUCUAAAGGAAUGAGGCCUUCAUCACUGGCUGCCAGCUGGCUGGACAUAAAUGGACUGUGCUUACUCUUAGCACUACCUCCUUAUCCCUCUUUCUACCCAACCAUGGCCUGUCCUCCCAGUCCACACAAACCAUUAUAGUCCCAGUAAGUGGAGGACUUCCCCUCCUCUUCCUCUUCUGAAAGCUUCCAGUGGUGCAUCUCUUCCAUUUUUAAGGAGAUCUGUUGUCUUCAUGAGUCAGACCGCUUGACUGGUGGAGGACUUAACCCGGAGCAUUGUCCAGGUGUUCCAUAUCACACAAGAAACAGGCUCUUUCUUCCCAUAUUAGUGUCUAUGUUCUACACGCUCAUAUUUCAUACAGCCGGUAGCACAACCAAGAAUGAGAAAUCAUUUAAUUACUGUCAAGGUUUUGGGAUUAUAAGUACAAAUGUGAUAUUUAGAUCUAUUUUUAUUGGUGCUUUUUUCCCUUUUUAUGUGAUAAAUCUCAUCCAGAGACUGAUAGGCUUGAACUCCACUGAAACAGAACUGCACAGGCUUUCUUUUCAUUUCAGCAGUUGAGAACCAUAUCGAGCAAAAUGCGGUCAAGGAUCAGGGAGAAAAUGUUUUGAAGGUUUUUCUGUUAGAAUUUUGCUCUUUUGUUUUCAUGCAGUUCUCGACAGUCAGUUGAUGCGACACACUGCCUCCAACUCUGCAGCCUCUCUGCAAAAGCUUUUAAGUGCUUGAAAGCAGUUUGUCAGCACAGAACCAGCUAUCCAGGUGGUGCACUAACCUAAAACAAAACAUUGUGAGUGCAAAUGUGCUUACACUGUUUGUACGUACAUUAUUUAUGAAUAUAUUCGGAACUACUUGUAUAAUUAGACACAGUUUAUAAGAUAAUGGCGGAAACUGUUAUUUCAAAUUUUGAUUGAUCAACCACUUAUUUUUUUUGAUUAAUUGAUUGUUUGGUCCACAGAAUAGUGAAAAAUCCUCUGAAAGUUUCCUGGAGCCCAAAGGUCCACACCCCUGAAACAUUCAGUUUACUGUUGCAUAAGACAAAGAAAAGCAGCAAAUCCUCAAAUUUGAGGAGGAAGAACCAGCAAAUGUUUGGUAUUUUUGCUUAAAGAAUGAUAAUUAAGACAAUUAAUCAAUUGUCAGAGGAGUAUUUUUAAUUUAUUUUUUCUCAGUUGAUCAAUCGUUUGGGCUCUUAAUAACAUUAUUUUAAAGCGUUGCCUUUUAAUUUGAGUUGUGUGAAGGUUUUGUAGCAGCUCUGACUCACACUCAAGCUAAAUGACGUCUCUGGUUAUUUGAUCAGCAAUUAAAAUCACUUGAGGUUUCACACUGUAAGGCCCUUUCCCCCCCCUGCUAUCCAAGCAGCUCUCCUUGCACUUUACCAGUAACUCGUGUUUUGUGUGUAGCCUGUGCCAAGUGAUAGUUUUGCAGUACAGCAAUACAAUUACUUAGAUAAAAACAGUUUUGAGCUAAUGAGUCUUGGUAAUAUCGUGGGCAUAAUUCCUGAAUCUCACUGCACCUUCUUAUAAAUGACUUGAUCUCUUUUGCUAUUUCACUGCUAGUGAUCCACUGUCCUGGUAUUAGUUCACUGAAAAACAUUGCCCUAACCGACUUCAACACACACACACACACACACACACACACACACACACACACACACACACACACAUAUAUAUAUAUAUAUAUAUAUAUAUAUAUAUAUAUAUAUAAAAAUAAAUAAUGAUUUGUAAGCCUCUGUUUCUACGCUACUGCCCUGCCAAACUGUAGUUUAAAAGUGAUAUUUCCUUGGCUUACACGAAACCUAAACGGACCUAAACUUAGGUGGUCUCAUUAGUAUUGUGCAUUUUGUUGCACAUUUGUGUGUCACUGUGGCCCUAUAGUUUGACAACUAGGUGGCACCAGAGGCACAGUAUGCAUCAUAGGUGACCACCCAAACUCUAAUCUGAACCAGUAUUUUAUUAAGAUCUCGAGUCACAGUGAACAAACUUGUGUGAUGCAAACGUACCCGCAACUCGUAUUUACCGUGAUGUUAAGUCUCGAUCUAGUUCCAUUGUUCCUCAUGUUUCCUUUCUACAUUUGUUGCUAGUCUGAAAAUCAAGCUCCUGUAUGCACAAUAUCAAGGGGGAAUCUGUCUUUGCUUGCCUGCACCUUUUUUAAUAAUUUAAUCAUUUGGGACCUCAUGACUACCAUGACCAUUUGUCUUAACCGCUAAUACUCAGUUCUGUCAUAGGUGAGCUAUGCAUUGUGAAUCUUGGACCUGUGCAUAUUUGUGUAAUGUAAUUUUCAGACAUACUUGUAGCCCUGUACAGUUGAAUGUAUGGGCUUUUUUUGUUGUUUUUAUUUUUGUUUUGUUUCAGUCACUGAGCCAAAAAAUAGGACAUGCUCUGUUUGUAGAAAAAACUUGAUGGCUACAUCAGUGCAAGUGAAAUCUGACAUUAUGGAAGGUUAAGUAGGAAGAGUCUGGAUGCCGAAAUGUGGAGAUAGUGCUGUUGUCUCACAUGAGUGAUACUGUAGCUUUAAAACAGAGACGUAGGGAGCAGACAUUUGUGGGACUCAAGCUGAAUCAUUUUCAGCCAAAAUGAUACUCCCUCUUUGAUUUUGUUUUUGAAUCAUAUCUUUUUCUUAAGACUCCUAUUACAUGUCAUAAUAUACUGUACAUCCCUUUUUACAGCCAUAUUUUCAUUCCAUUGAUUGUGAAGUACACAGGGAAAAUAAUACAAGACAUUUUAGAAAAAAAGGUGGAGAAAAAAAAAUUGUAAAUAUCACAUUGAAAAAGAGAUCUACUUAAAUUGUACUGUACUUUCUAAACCCAUAUGAAAAUGUAUCUACAAUUUGUAGAUAUGUGUACUUUUGAUUUAAUAAAAUAAGAUGAUAAAACUCA